GCGCGGUAUUUAAGCAUGGAGAAAUGCUCUCUCCGCAUCCACUCGUCCGAGUCCUUCCGACUAACAACAAACAUGGCGGCCAAAUUGAUCGUUGUGGCGACUGCGCUCGCCCUGUGCCACGCCACCCCGGCCCUAUACAACGGAUUUUAUUUCCGUGAUGGGCGGAACUUCGCCAUGGGCAAGGCAUACAGCAACAACUUCGGCAGCCAAGCCUCUGGAGAAGCUUCAGUCAAUGACGGGUCUGCGCAGGCUUACGGCAGCAUCUCCAGCGAUCAGCUCCAGCUUGCCCGUGCGGACCUCGUCUACCCCGCCCAGGCCAAUGCCCAGGCUCAGGUCUAUGAAGCACCCGCCAUCCCCGUCUACGGUUCCGCUAAGGCUGAAGCUGAAGUUCAGAAUGGCGGCGCCAUUUUCUACGGUCCCGCUCCUGCCAUCAUCUCUUAUGAACAGAUGGCUCCCGCUGAAAUCAUCUACGAAGCUCCGGUCGCUCUAUCCGCGGAGUCUACUGCUUUAAUCAACGAUGGCAUCGACUCUUCCAUCACUUCAGCUUCCUCCAAUGGCGAGGGAUCCGCCAUUUCGUCCGCCCGCACCCAAGGAAUCGGCAGCUACAAGACCGCUAGCAACGCCAACAUCUACGGCUCCGGCUUCGGAUCAGCCUCCUCGAACGCCAACUCAGGUGUCGGCUCGGCCACCACUGCCGCCCGCACUCAAGGCUUGAGCAACGGAUACAGCUCUGCCACUUCCCAGGCCGAUGGCGGUCUAGCCAACCGUGCCACCGCUGACGCUCAAUCUAACGGAGGAUACGGAUCUGCCUCUUCUAUCGCCAACAACGCUCAAGGCUCCGCUAUCAGCGCGGCUAACACUCAAGGCUACAUCGGCUCGGCUGCCUCUGACGCAUCCGUGAACACCGGAUACGACAGCGCUAUCUCUGCCGCUAAAGUCGCACCUGCGCCCCAGAAGAGGAUCCACUGGCGCUUCGGAACCCUCUACGGCACUCCUUCCCACAUCAACACUCGCGCUCAGGCUAACGCUAACGGCUACAACGCCGCCAAGUCCUCCGCCGACGUGCAGCAGGCCGGCGCGCUCUCCACCGCCAACACUUACGGCUUGGACGGCUCCGCCAACGCCAACGCCAACGUGAACGGAGGCUACGGCUCCGCCAACUCCGCGGCCAACACCCUCGGCUCCGGUUUCGCCAAGAGUGCCGCCAACACCCAAGGAUCAGGCUACGGCUCCGCGCAGUCUCAGGCCAACACUCACGACGCCGGCUUCGGGGCGGCCAAGUCCUCUGCCAACACCGGUUACGGCUCUGCCAACGCCAACGCCGACGUGAACGGAGGAGCUGGUUUCGCUAAGUCUGCGGCCAACAACGGUCUGGGUUACGGAUCAGCCGUGUCCUCAGCCAACAGCAACGGUUUCGGCUCGGCUCGCUCGGACGCCAAGGUGGCGGGCUCCGCCUUCGACGCCGUAAACGCCGCGAGGCUCGCCGCUGUGUCCGCGCGCGCGCAGGGCGUGGACGCGGCCUACAGGGUGGCCAACUCCCAAGCCAACACGCACGGCUUCGGCUCGGCGCACGCCAACGCUAGAGUUCACUAAGUCAAACAACAAAUUAGCAAGUACAACAAGAUGACACAGGACUUAUCUUGAUGUAUUGCCUCAAAAGACUUAAUUUAUUUUAGAUAAGUUAUUUAUUUUUUAGUGUUAAAGAUGAAUAAAAUACUUUCGUUUA